GAAAGCAGAUCGAGCGAGAAGAACAAGGGAGCCAAGAAUGAAGAAGAAAAAGGAAAGGAAGCGUCUCCCAGAGACCUGGCCCGGAAACGAGAUACAAAAGUGGAGAAAGAUUCUAAGAAGGAAGAAAGCGUUCAGAAAGCAGACCCAAAAGUUAAAAAUGAGGCCGAGAUCAAGACCAAAGAGGCGAAGGCUAUCAAUGACAAGGUCAAGGCCAUGGAGAAAAAGCUGAUGGGGAAGGACAAAAAGGAGGAAGAGAAGGGCUCAGCGAUAAAGAAGGAUGCAGGGAAGGAUAAAAAGGAGGAAGAAAAGAGCUCAGCAAUAAAGAAGGACGCAGGGAAGGAUAAAAAGGAGGAAGAAAAGGGCUCGGCGUUGAAGAAAGACGCAGGGAAGGAUAAAAAGGAGGAAGAGAAGGGCUUAGCAGCAAAGAAGGAGACAGGGAAGGACAAAAAGGAAGAAGAAAAGGGUUCUGCGUUGAAGAAGGGCACAGGGAAGGAGAAAAAGGAGGAAGAGAAGAGUUCAGGAUCAAAGAAAGAAGCAGAAAAAGAGACAAAGGGGGAAGAUAAGAAAGCAAAAGAUAAAAAAGAAGAGGAAAAGAGUUCAGCUUUGAAAAAAGCAAAGGCAGAGGAGAAAGAGAAAUCCCAGCCAGAGGCAGAAAAGGCAGCGGAGGAGAAACAGGAGGCCAAGGAGAGCAGCCCUUCCAAGCCCACCACCGGCGGCUCGCCGGACCAGGCCAAGGACGACGAAGCGUCCAGCAUUUUCGAUGAGCUCAUCGAGAAGGUGAAGAACAACGACGCCGAGGUCACCGAAGUGAACGUGAACAACUCGGACUGCAUCAACAACGAGACCCUGGUGCGCUUCACCGAGGCCCUGGAGUUCAACACCGUGGUCAAGCUGUUCGCCUUGGCCAACACCCGCGCCGAUGACCACGUGGCCUUCGCCAUCGCCAUCAUGCUGAAGUCCAACAAGGUGCUGACGAGCAUCAACUUGGACUCCAACCACAUCACGGGCAAGGGCAUCCUGGCCAUUUUCCGGGCGCUGCUGCAGAACAACACGCUGACGGAGCUGCGUUUCCACAACCAGCGGCACAUCUGUGGGGGGAAGACGGAGAUGGAGAUCGCCAAGCUCCUGAAGGAAAACACCACGCUCCUGAAGCUGGGCUACCACUUUGAGCUGGCCGGCCCACGCAUGACAGUCACCAACCUGCUGAGCCGAAACAUGGACAAACAGAGGCAGAAACGCCUCCAGGAGCAGAAACUGGCACAGGAGCGUGGGGAGAAGAAAGACCUCCUGGAGGUGCCCAAGCCCGGGACCUUGCCGAAGGGAUCCCCCAAGGCAUCCCCGCAGCCAUCCCCCAAGGCUUCCCCCAAAAGCUCUCCCAAGAAAGGGGGGGCGCCUGCCGCGCCGCCCCCGCCUCCUCCUCCGCUCGCCCCACCGCUGAUCAACGAGAACCUGAGGAACUCGCUCUCGCCGGCCACGCAGAGGAAGUUGGGAGACCGGGCGCUGCCGGUCCAGGAGAAGAACUCGCGGGACCAGCUCCUGGCAGCCAUCCGCUCCAGCAACCUCAAACAGCUCAAGAAGGUGGAGGUGCCGAAGCUGCUGCAGUAG